AGUUUUCUGAAUUCUCAUCAUCAUUGUUAUCGUUCUAUCUUCUUAUUCUUAUUCGUUUUUUUCUCUUCCAACAUCAUAUUUUUAGAUCUCAUUGUUGUCAGUCUAUACGUGUUUAUAUCUAGCCAAUAAAAAUGGAAGAAUAUCAUGAUGCAUUGAUGAAUAAGAACAUUGCUGUGGUUUCAUCUUCGCUUACGACUCCGCUAGUCGACGGCGGUUACCAGAGCCAUGAGGAGCAUAUAAUUCCAGUAAGCACAAAGCAGACGGAUGAAGAGUCGGUAUUGGACGAUAACUAUAAGGAAACUUUAGGAACUUCUAGCUUCUUUAAGACUUGCUUCAAUGGCAUCAAUGCUUUAUCCGGAGUAGGGAUACUGUCAGUGCCGUACGCGCUAGCAUCAGGGGGAUGGUUAACUUUGAUACUUCUUUUCGUUAUUGGGGCUGCAACAUUCUACACAGGGUUACUGAUGCGAAGAUGUAUUGAUGUAAGCUCAAAGAUAAGAACGUAUCCCGAUAUCGGCGAGUAUGCUUUUGGGAAGAAGGGAAGAAUGUUAGUAUCUAGUUUCAUGUACUUAGAACUCUAUGUGGUUGCAACAGGAUUUUUGAUACUAGAAGGUGAUAACUUAAGCAACCUGUUUCCAAACAUGAGUUUCACAUUAGCUGGUGUUAGAGUAUACGGCCAACAGGGAUUCGUUGUACUCGUUGGCCUUAUAAUUCUCCCAUCUAUGUGGUUGACUGACUUGAGCAAAAUUUCUUACGUAUCUGCAACCGGGGUUUUAGCUUCUGUCCUCAUCAUCGUUUCUGUCUUUUGGGUUGGUGCUGAAGAUACUGGAUUUCGUGCAAAGGGAAAGUUUUUUAAGUUGAACGGGAUCCCUACUGGUGUUAGUUUAUAUACCUUCUGCUACUGUGCUCAUCCCGUUUUUCCAACAUUAUAUACUUCAAUGAAAGAUAAAAGACAAUUCUCAAAGGUUUUGCUACUUUGCUUUGUUCUAUGUACGAUUAGCUACGGUACAAUGGCUGUUUUGGGUUAUCUAAUGUUCGGUGAAAAUAUAAAAUCUCAGGUCACACUGAACCUACCAAUUGACAAACUCAGUUCAAAGGUAGCAAUCUACACAACUUUGGUUACCCCCAUCGCAAAAUAUGCAUUAAUGGCAACGCCAAUUGUAAAUGCCAUUGAAAGCUCUUCGGGGAUUAACUACAACAACAAGAGUAUUAGGCUUCUAAUCAGAACCUUGUUUCUAGUUAGCUCUGUUAUCGUCGCUUUAGCUAUUCCAUUUUUCGGGUAUCUAAUGUCUCUUGUUGGAGCGUUUCUAAGUGCAACUGCUUUAAUUAUUAUUCCUUGUUUGUGUUACUUGAAGAUUAUGGGAACAUAUCGAAGCUGGGGAUACGAACUAGUGAUUAUCAUUGGGAUUAUUUUGAUGGGUAUUUCAGUUGUAAUUAUAGGUACUUACACAUCUCUUGAACAGAUUGCAAGUGAGUUCAAAUUGAACUUUUGAUGUUAAUUUU